AACCAUGCCAUUGAUAAAUUGAGUAGUUUCCAUUCCAACCUAACAAGAAACUACAUUUCUGAUCAACAAUGGAGGAGGGUUUCAAGAACCCCAAAGCUCUGACGGCGGCGGCGAAUCCGCCGGAAGACGUUUUCCGGGCGGCCUAUAUGCUUCAUUUCGUUCUCGGGUCGGGGAUGUUGUUGCCGUGGAACGCGCUAAUCACGGCCGUCGACUAUUUCGGGUAUCUCUACCCCGACCGGCACGUCGAGAAGGUGUUCUCGGUGGCCUACAUGGCGUCGUCGCUCGUGGUUUUGGGUUUGAUGCUGAGCCUCGGCUGGUGCCGGCGAGUGUCGAGUUUGAGGACGAGAUUGAACGUCGGGUUUUGCAUGUUUGUCGCGGCACUUAUGGCGACGCCGUCGAUGCAAUGGGUUUGGCACGACGACGACGAUGGGGGGAAGAUGAGCUCCGGCGAAGCGUACCGUGUCGUUGUCGGGUCGGUUUUGGUUUGCGGUUUGGCCGACGGACUCAUUGGCGGGAGCUUGAUCGGGAGCGCCGGAAUGUUGCCGAAGAAAUACAUGCAAGCCGUCUUCGCCGGAACGGCUUCCUCGGGUGUUUUGAUUUCGAUCUUAAGAAUCGUUACAAAAGCAUCGCUUCCCCGUACUCCACGAGGCUUAAAAACGAGUGCGCAAUUCUACUUCAUCCUUAGCGCCGCGAUCUUGAUCGGGUGCAUUAUCUGUUGCAAUAUUCUCCACCAACUUCCCGUCAUGCGGCACCACCGCCGCCACCGGAGCUUCCACUACAUCCUCUCACCUUACGGCGAUCCCUCCGCCCUCUGGGAAGUCCUUGCCAAAAUAAAAUUCCCGGGGUUCGGAGUCUUCUUGAUAUACACGGUGACAUUGUCGAUCUUCCCCGGAUUCUUGUCCGAUCAUGGCGUCCGGUCGGAGCUCCUCGGCGAUUGGUACCCGAUCGCGCUGAUCGCGGCCUACAAUGUGUCGGAUUUUGCCGGAAAGUUAGCGACCGGAGUUUAUGUCGUGAAGGGGGUCGGGAAGGCGGCGUGGGGGUGCGUGGCAAGGUUGGUGUUCUACCCGUUGUUUGCGGGGUGUUUCCGGGGGCCGGCGUGGCUGAGGACCGAGAUUCCGGUGGCGGCGCUGACGGUGUUGUUGGGGUUUAGCAACGGGUACUUUACGAGCGCAGUGAUGAUUAUGGCGCCGAAGGCGGUGGCGGAGGCGGAGGCGGAGGUCGCCGCCGUUGUUAUGGCGGCGAUGCUCGGAGUGGGGCUGGUGGCCGGCUCCGUUGUAGGGUGGCUUUGGAUAAUAUGAAUUAAUGAAGUUUUAGUUACGGUUUGAUUUUGUAUUUCUAUAUAUAUCUUUUUGGUUAAUGGUUUGUUUUUGGUGGUUUGAUUAGUUUAGUUAGAUAUGGAUUUUAGGAUUGGAUUAUUGUGUAACGCUUGGGGUUUAAGUAGCAUCAAUUUAUUCAAAUAUGUUAUAAAGUUUGUUUGUCA